AUGCUGUGUGUGCUGUGCGAGUGCCGCAAGGCCAUGCUGAAGCGACCCAAGACGCUGCAACCCAUCUGCAAACCGUGCUUCUACAACGUGUUUGAGACCGAAAUCCACAACACGAUUGUUGAAUCAAACCUCUUCUUUCCGGGAGAACGGGUGGCCAUUGGAGCCAGUGGUGGCAAAGACAGUACGGUGCUUGCGCACGUGAUGAAAACGCUGAAUGAGCGGUACAACUAUGGUGUGGACUUUGUGCUGCUCUCUAUCGACGAGGGUAUCCAUGGCUACCGAGACGACUCUCUGGAGACGGUGAAGCGAAACAAGGUGCAGUACGACAUGGAUCUGGAGGUGGUCAGUUACAGUGAGCUGUACGGGUGGAGCAUGGACCAGAUUGUGGCCCAGAUCGGCAACAAGAACAACUGCACCUACUGUGGAGUGUUUCGAAGACAGGCUCUUGAUAGAGGUAGUGCCAAGCUAGGAAUCGCACAUAUCGUCACAGGUCAUAAUGCUGACGAUAUGGCCGAGACAGUGCUGAUGAACUUGUUACGGGGCGAUACUGCUCGUCUGGAUAGAUGUACCGAACUGGUGACUGGUUCAGAUGACUCUCCUGUCAAGAGAAGUAAGCCUCUUAAGUACGCAUAUGAAAAGGAGAUUGUGCUUUAUGCCCAUUACAAGAAGCUCGACUACUUUUCCACCGAGUGCACAUACUCUCCCGAGGCAUUCCGGGGCACGGCUCGUACGCUGAUCAAAAAUUUGGAGGCCAUUAGACCGUCUACCAUCAUUGACAUCAUUCACUCUGGAGAAGCCUUUGUGCUCAAGAAGAAGAAGGAGAAGAAAGGCAAGGGCUCUGUGGUUGUGAAGGCCAAGGUGGAGGAAAAACCUGUCCCCUCCGGUGGCUGUUCGGUACCUCUAGCAUUUGAUUCCAGCCUUGGGCUCUCCAACAGAUGCACCAAGUGUGGCUAUUUAUCUCAUAAUGCCGUUUGCAAGGCCUGUGUCUUGCUGGAGGGUCUAAAUGCUGGACGAGCCAAGAUGCAGAUUGAGGGAGACAGCGCUGACGGAGCUGCUAAAAACAUCAAGACCUUGGAGAAGCUGGCCUUGAGUAUUUAG